GCUGUAUGCCCCUUAAGUGCUACAAAGUGCAUCCCGCCAAUAACCAUGUCUGACAAGGUGCGAAGUUGCCAUGCCGAAGCGCGUACAUUGGGAAGUUGUCUGGAUGCUAAUGCGUAUCACCCUGAUAAAUGCGACAAGUUCGUCAAGGCUUUGUAUCUCUGUUGUGAUGAGAUGUACAAGAAAGGUGGCAGAGGUGCAGAGUCGAGCGCUUGUCCCAUGCAGAGUGUUGUGGAGCGUUGGUUGAAGAGGCACACUGACAUCGACGUUGACUCUCGAGGGUGA